GCUCGUCGUGAUCGCUUACAGGCGUCUUUUCUCCAGCAGCUCGCCUUCUCUUUCCUUUUGUCUCCAGUAAUGUCUCUUGAUACGUGCGGUGUGAGGAACUAAAAGUGUAGUCAUCGUAUAUUUGUUUAGCUCUACCGAGCCAUCCUCGUGUGGACUCUAGUUCCCUCUUCUCGCCGAGCCAAGCACUCUCUCACAGUUUCUCUGAGUUUCCAAACUCUGUUCCUCAAGCAGUUUCUGUCUUAAAUCCAUGGCUCACCAGGGAAUACGCACGUGGCAAGGACCUCAACCAGCGCUACGACAUUGUAAGCCAUAUUGUCAAGGUCGAAACGGAAACGCGCGACUCACCACGCGGCCGGGUACUUAUCGCCAACAACAUCUUGUCGUGGGUGGAAGCACUGCCUUCGAACAGACAAGAGAGAACACCUUUGCACAGGCAAGAGAGACUACCUUUGGACAGGCAAGAGAGACUACCUUUGGACAGGCAAGAGAGACUACCUUUGGACAGGCAAGAGAGACUACCUUUGGACAGGCAAGAGAGACUACCUUUGGACAGGCAAGAGAGACUACCUUUGGACAGGCAAGAGAGACUACCUUUGGACAGGCAAGAGAGACUACCUUUGGACAGGCAAGAGAGACUACCUUUGGACAGGCAAGAGAGACUACCUUUGGACAGGCAAGAGAGACUACCUUUGGACAGGCAAGAGAGACUACCUUUGGACAGGCAAGAGAGACUACCUUUGGACAGGCGAUGGGACUGCCUUCAAACAGGCAAGGGUACAAAACAUUGAAACUGUCUUAUGCAGACGGAAAGAAAGACGUCGACACUUGCUUAGGGAGACGGGCGACCAGGAUUUUACUCCUCGUCACUCUCAUCUUCGACCUCCGCCGAGUCGAAGUCUCCUUCCAAGCUCGCAAGAGCAGUGAACCUGUUCGGCAACGCUUGAAGCUCCUUAGAGACCUCAAGGUUCGACAAGUUCUUGUUGGCGAGCCUGGGCCAUGUCUUUGAAGACCCAGAAGCGGAUUCUUGAGAAGGCCAGGAGCCGCAUUGGACUUGGG